UGUCUAGUGAUGGGUAUGGUGGAGUAUUUCCUAAAUUCUUGUACCAUCAACAUGAUCUUGAAAUGAUUGAUCUGUCGAAUAUCAAAUUCAGAGGAAGGUUUCCAUAUUGGUUAUUAGAUAAUAAUACAAACCUAGAAAAACUUUAUUUAGCCAAUACUUCUCUUUCGAGGCCUCUCCAGUUACCAAUUCGAUCUCAUAUCAAUUUAUCUAGAUUGGACAUAUCUCAUAAUAGCUUUCAUGGUCGUAUUCCAACGCAGAUUGGAGCAUAUUUUCCAAGUCUGACAGAACUAAAAAUGUCUAGAAGUGGUUUUCAUGGUAUCAUUCCCUCCUCAUUUGGAAACAUGAGCUUAUUGAAAAAUUUAGAUUUAUCUAAUAAUCAAUUCUCUAGUUGCAUUCCCUCUUCAUUUGAAAAUUUGAGCUCAUUGGAAAAUUUGGAUUUGUCUAAUAAUCAAAUCUCCGGUAUCAUCCCCAAUUGGAUUGGCAAUAUGCCAUCUCUUUUCAUUUUGACUUUAUCAGACAAUGAUAUUUCUGGAAAUCUACCAUCUAACUUUAGCCUUUCAAGUAUAUCAGAAAUUCAUUUGUCUAGAAAUAGAAUCCAAGGAUCAUUGGAGCAUGCAUUUUUCCGCCGCUUUGAUUUGCUGACGGUUUUAGAUCUCAGCCAUAAUCAUAUGACUGGAAGCAUUCCAUCAUGGAUUGGGGGAUUAUCUCAAUUGGGUUAUCUUCUCCUAAGUAAUAAUAGUUUUGAAGGCGAGAUACCAAUUCAAUUGUGCAAGUUGAAUUAUUUAAGUAUAAUGGACUUUUCACACAAUAAACUUACUGGUCAUAUUCACCCUUGUCUAAAAUGUAGUAGCAAUCCAGAUAGGCCUUUCCUAAAUGCACCAGAUAUUUCUUCUUUAAACAUGGAAGGACAUCUAGAGUUAAUAACGAAGAGUAUAUCCUUGUCUUAUGAGGGAAAAGUUGCUACGUACAUCUCUGGAAUUGAUUUCUCUGGCAACAACUUUACAGGCAGCAUUCCUCUUGAAUUUGGAAACCUCAGUGAGAUUAAGCUACUAAACUUAUCGUACAACAGUUUGAUAGGAUCAAUCCCUACAACAUUUUUCAACUUAAGUCAAAUUGAGAGUUUGGAUCUUUCAAACAACAAGUUGCAAGGGAGCAUUCCUUUGGAGCUCACCAAGUUAUAUUCUUUGGCUGCAUUCAACGUGUCGUACAAUAAUUUAUCUGGCAGGAUACCUGAAGGGGUUGCACAAUUUGGAACAUUUGGUGAAAGUAGUUAUUUAGGAAAUCCUUUCCUUUAUGGAUGUCCAUUGCCAAAAAACUGCAGCGCAAGGGAAUCACCACUAUUAAUAUCAAGAGCUUCAACUCACAAUUCAGAAAGCAUGGGCCUCAUAGACAUGGAAGUUUUUUAUGUGAGCUUUGGGGUGGCUUACCUGAUGGUGUUAUUGGGGAUAGCUGCAGUUCUAUACAUAAAUCCUUACUGGAGAAGAAUCUGGUUUUACUACGUUCAAGUGAGUAUAGACAACUACUACUAUUUUAUCAUUGACAAUUUUCCCAAGUUUAAGUUUCAGAGAUAGCCUUUCUGGAUGAAAUUUAGUUAGUAUGCUGUUGUGUUUGUUUUGAAUAAAUCGUGCUUAAUGGGCCAUGUAAAUUUGAUUUCUACAGUGAAUGAUAAAUUUGAUUUCUUACUCUGC